GAUUACUUUCGAAAAAGCCCUGCGCGACCGGCACCGCUGGCCUGCUUUCUGAGCCAUGUGCAUAGUGACCAUCUGCAGGGCCUAGAGUCCUUUCGGGCUCCAUUCAUUUAUUGCUCCUCCGCCACCCGCGAGCUACUGUUACGCCUUGAGAAAUUUCCCCAUCGAAUGAACUUUCAGAAGGGAAUUUUAGAAUCGCGUCGGUUACACUACAAACAUCUCAGUAAACUAUUGCGCCCCAUUCCGUUGCACACCCCGACUGAUAUCGAACUCACGCCCCGGCGGCGAAUCCGGGUUACUUUAUUCGAUGCCAACCACUGCCCCGGGGCUGUGAUGUUUCUGAUUGAGGGGGACGGCAAAGCGAUACUCUAUACUGGCGACAUCCGAGCGGAGCGAUGGUGGAUCGACAGCCUAGUGCGACAUCCCAUUCUGAUACCAUACACUUUAGGAAAGAAGCGACUAGACAAGCUGUAUCUUGAUACUACCUUUGCUGGCAAAUCAAAUCCUUUUCGAACAUUUCCAUCCAAGGCCCAGGGGCUCGCUGAGCUUUUGCAGAAAGUGGAUGCAUAUUCUGAUGACACAGUGUUCUACUUCAGAUCAUGGACUUUUGGUUAUGAGGAAGUAUGGAUCGCUCUUUCAGCAGCUCUCAAUACACAGGUACACGUGGAUCGCUAUCAGAUGGGUCUCUAUCAAUCUCUCUCUCGUCUAUCUGGUAGUAAAGCCACCCCUGAAGCUCCAGCACUCUGUGGAUACGAUCUUGGCAAUAAGUUUAUUGCAGGCUGCUUGAGCGGGGAUCAAUCCGGUCGAGUACAUAGCUGCGAGCCCGGGGUAUCAUGCCCCGUAGCUCGUGGGUCAAAUACCGUUUACAUCACCCCUAUCGUGAAUCGUACCAGCGACGGAGGUGAAAUUCCCGAGGUCGGUGCUGGCGGGGGCCUUGGUGAUCUAUACCAGGUUCAUGAGCUUGAGUUACCGGACAAGGCUGCUCUUGCGGAGUUGGAGCAACUAUGCCUUCAACACAUCCAAGAUAAGGACGUCCUGUCGCAGAUGCAGGAAGCAAUAUCGAAAGCGUUUAACUCGAGAAAGAAAACGCUGUCGCUAGAUCUAUAUGGCGUCAAGGAGGAGGAUGAAAUUUCUCUUGAGCGACUGGUGACGAAACUCGGCCAAAAUCUGUCCGGCGAGGAACCUCUAGGGUCACAAAGUACUAAGACCAAUCUACCGAGUUCAAUUCGCUUUCCCUACUCGCGUCAUUCAUCAUACUCGGAACUAUGCGAGCUCGUCGCUGCGUUUAGACCAAAGGAUAUCCAUCCAUGCACAGUUGAACAAUCUUCAUGGAGCGAUAAUGUGUCUAUAGAACGACUCUUCGGCCACCUUUGCUCGGGAAACGACUUUUCCCACGACAAACGUAUGCGUAGAAUUCUUGAGGACGCGGAUAAUAAUGAUUCUCGCCCGAGUAAGCGCCCUCGGUAUGAAGAUGACAACGCCACUCAAUCCACCCGAUCCAGCAGCGUGGACGACGAAAUACAAUCCAAUACGGCAGAUACUAAACCAGAUGAAUAUUUGAAAGUGCAAAGUACUGCACAGACUACACACGACCAGGGUGACCCAGCACCCUCUUCGCAAAAACAGCAAGAAGACAUCCGCUCACAAUUGUCGCCUCCUCAGCCCGCAUCUCCUCCUCAAGAGCAGAGCACACCCACAAGGGAUCAGCUCGACACCACUGAUCAGGUCAAGGCAAAGCGUGACGAAGUAAGGAAAGCACAUCGUUAUCUACAGGAGCACUGUGAUCUCGAAAAACUCCAACUUGGGCAUGUUCCAUUCUCUUGGUCAGAGGAGGAAGACAUCGCCAACAAUGAAGGAAAUACCCAAAAGUCUCCUCAGCCCACACCUCCUGCUCCAUCCAAUACAAACGCGGAAUCUCUUCAACCCCCAUCAAAGCUUGACGAGGACGGAGCGGAAUCUCCACGGCAACACGACAUCCAUCCAACGCCAAACCCAGAUAGCCAGUACACCGACACUCUAUCAAUCUCAAUAUCCGAAUCAUUACUUGCCCCUUCCGCCACAGAGAACGAAGAACCUAGCUCCGAAGAUCCAAAUGAGGCAAGGGAACAAAGAGCACAAGUCGUUCGUGAUCGAAUGAAAGCUCGCACUCGUGUCCGUGUUAACGCAUUCCUUGCUGCAAUGCGAGAUACCUACGAAUCAUGGGCAGAUAUGGCGAUCGUCUCGGCUGGUGAUAAUCAUACUGAAGAGGAGAUGGAGCUGUGA